ACAAGUAUCGAUGCCAACAGAUGUUAAAGUACUCAUUUAGUCCGGUGUUUUUUGUGUAAACACUGAAUAUUUACAAAAUUUUAAGUAAAAUGGCUUCGAAUAAUAUUCCAGAAGAGAGUUUUGAAGGCGGCGAUUUCAAUUUCGAUGACGAUGCGGAGGAUGAUCAAUUUGUGGCCACAAAUUCAGGAAGAAAGCGCCUUUUUAGCAAGGAGCUGCGAUGCAUGAUGUUUGGCUUCGGGGAUGACAAAAAUCCAUACACGGAAACCGUUGAUCUGCUGGAAGAUCUAGUCAUCGAGUAUAUAGCUGAAACAACGCACCGGGCAAUGGAAAUCGGUCGAACAGGUCGCGUUCAAGUCGAGGACAUUAUCUUUCUGGUGCGCAAGGAUCCUCGUAAAUAUGCCAGGGUCAAGGACUUGCUCACCAUGAACGAGGAGCUCAAAAAGGCGCGAAAGGCCUUUGAUGAGAUCAAGUAUGUGGGCACCGAGGGUAAGCUCAAAUGACAACGACCCAAAAAAGGAACGCCAAAUCCAGGAACGAGUCAAUCCUAGCAGUAAGCACAAGCAUAUGAAUUACUUUAAAUGUUUUUAAUAUCCUAAGCUAGCUCUUAAUAAACUAAUCAAAAUAGUCUUCAAUGUCAA